AUGGGAAAUUCCUUAGUAGCCGCCAAGGAGAAGCACAACUUGAAAAGACAGUCCACAUUUGGUGAUGACAAUGAAAGUAGUUGGGAUUCAGCCGUAAUGGGAUGGAAUCCACAUGGGAAAUGGCAUGCUGUUGCUUCAUGGACAUGGGAUGCCCAAGACGAAACAUGUGGCAUUUGUAGGAUGGCUUUUGAUGGUUGUUGCCCUGAUUGCAAACUCCCAGGGGAUGAUUGCCCUCUGAUCUGGGGUGCUUGCAACCAUGCCUUUCAUCUUCACUGCAUCUUGAAGUGGGUGAAUUCGCAAACUCCUCAAGCACAUUGUCCCAUGUGCCGUAGAGAGUGGCAAUUCAAAGGAUGA